AAUAUUAUUCGUCUUAUUAUCAUUAUUUCCUCCAAACAAACACGCAUUUCCUCCCCUUCUCCUUCUCCUUCGUUUCUCAACUCUCCAUAAUUAAUCAAGCCGAACUAGAGAUUUAAUUAAGAAUGAUCGUGUUGCUGGUGAGGCUAAUCUUCUUCACGAUCAGCGCAGUGUCGAACCUAAUCUCCCGCGCCAUCUUCAGCGCGACGGCCCACUUCGUCGUCCUGAUCAUCCAAGGACUCCGAGUCCCGGGCCAGGCGGCCCAGACCGGGUUGGGCCACAUCGGGGAAGGCCUGAAGUCCGUGUUGGACUACAUCUUCCAGCUCGUCUGGGAAGCGGCCACUUCGGCCGUUUCGGCGGCGUUCGACGCCGUUUUGGAGGCGAUCGUCGGGUCGUUGACGACGACCGGGUCGGCGGUGGGUGGGCUGGUGGAGCAGACCCGGAACUCGCUGGAAGGAUUGCUCAAGGACUUGCCGGAGCUGGGGCAGGAAGUCUCGGAUUUGCUCACCACUUUGCUGUCGGACGCCUGGGGGAAUUACAAAGACGCUCUUGGUUACGUUGCCGAACACGCGCUGGAUUCCUAGCCAAGGAAAAAGUUUGUAACAAUAUACGCUUAUGAAUUCUAGAGGUUUUUGAUAUUGCUUAUCUUAGAAUUCAUUUCUUCUUCUUCUUCUUCUUCUUCUUCUUUUGGUUUCUUGUCAUCGAUCUCUUCACAAAUAGUGUCAAAAGAAAUCAUGCAGUACCAAUCACGUAUAUAACUAAUUGUUCUCAGUACAGUCAUGUAAAUUAUUUAAGAUAGUUUUAAUUAUGUUCACUUGCCUAAUUUUAUCUUUCCACACUAUUAAUCUUUUGAAUUCAUUAAUUUUUUUUUCACUUUGUUUCCUCAGUUAAAAAAUUUAGCGAAAAUGU